AGAAAGCUCGCUCCUCCUGCUCUCUAGCAUGGAUGUCACCCCCCAGAAGGAUGGCAGUCACGGGAAGAAACUCUCCAUCCGCCUUAAUCACCCCAUGAGCAAAGAAAGUCAGCCGAGAUGGAGAGCAACGCGUCCUCCGGGAACUGUACCGAUCCCCAGAUGUCCUUCCAGUCCACCCUGUACGCAACCACCUACACCCUCAUAUUCAUCCCCGGCCUCCUGGCCAACAGCGCUGCCUUAUGGGUCUUGUGCCGCUUCAUCAGCAAGAAGAACAAAGCCGUCAUCUUCAUGAUCAACCUGGCCGUGGCCGACCUGGCUCACGUCCUCUCGCUGCCCUUACGGAUGUAUUACUACAUAAACCACGCCUGGCCAUUUGGAAGUUUUCUUUGCCAGCUGUGCUUCUACCUGAAGUAUCUCAACAUGUACGCCAGCAUUUGCUUCCUCACCUGCAUCAGCAUCCAGCGGUACCUCUUCCUCCUCCAUCCCUUCAAAGCCAAGGACUGGAAGCGGCGGUAUGACGCAGCCAUCAGCGCUGCCGUCUGGCUCUUCGUCGGGGCAGCGUGCUUACCCCUGCUCGUAGUGAGGAGCCCAGCCUUGUCAAACAGCACAAACACGUGCUUCUCAGACCUGGGGGUGAAGCAGCUGAGCCCAGGAGCCUCCAUUGCGCUGGUGACGGUGGCGGAGCUGUUUGGGUUUGUCAUCCCCUUCGGCAUCAUUGCCUGCUGCACUUGGAAGAUGUGGCAGUCCCUGCGGGAGUGUCCAAUGCAGCUGCAAAACGCCAGCGAGAAGCAGAAGGCUUUGCGCAUGGUCUUGAUGUGCGCGGCUGUCUUCUUCAUCUGCUUCACCCCCUACCACAUCAACUUCCCUUUCUUCAUGAUGGUGAUAGAGAACAUCAUCCAGGACUGUGCCGUUCACAGGAGCACACUCCGCUUCCACCCCAUUUCCCUCUGCCUGGCGAGCCUCAACUGCUGCCUGGACCCGGUCCUCUACUACUUCAUGACCUCCGAGUUCCAGGACCAGCUGCUGCACCACAGCUGUGCCACCCUGCGGGCUUGGUUCGUGCGCCACGGGAGCAGCUUCUCCGUCACCGAAACCGGCCACGACAUUCGUAUGAAGAGAAAUCUUCCACGCUUUAAGUUUUGGUCUCUUCCCAAGUUCUUUGGCCGAAUAAACAGCAUGGAAAUCCCCCCCAUGCCACCCGACGAGCUUCUGCUGGAGUCCAUCUCUUGAAACAUAAGCCAUUUCUGUCCAUGUAGGUGCUUCUCAUAGCUUGAGUGAAGAUUGCGUUAGGCCUCCAAAUAAGUCUUGAAUUACCCUUGUGUGCCACAGAUGCCAGGAUCUGACCUAGAAGGAUAUUUUGAUGCAAAAAGACUUGCUGGUUGCAUUGUUGCUGCUGGGGACUGUUUGCCUUACAGUGUUCUUCAUCGCGAUAUCGUUAAAAUACCCAAAACAGCUGUUGUCGAUGCCAGUACUUCUCCCGUGCUGAACUGCAGCCGGGUUCGGGCCCCUCUCAUUUCUGUUGUUCCAGUGC